AUGGCAGAAGAAAAUGUAAUUUUGGUUACGGGUGGGUCAGGACUUGUUGGUAAAGGGAUUGAGUGGGUUAUUGAAAAUGACAAGUCAGAAAAAUUUGGUAAGAAAGCAGGAGAAAAAUGGAUUUUCCUUAAUAGUAAAGAUGGUGAUUUGAAGUCAAAAGAAGCUACAAAAGCCAUUUUUGAAAAAUAUAAACCAACGCACAUCAUACAUUUGGCUGCUCUUGUGGAUUUAGAAUCAUAUUAUGCAAAUUUGAGAAAUCAAGUGUCAAGUGAAUUUAUUGAGGAAGUUGAAGAUGGUAUAGAAGAUAUGUAUUUGUCGCCGGAAGUACCGAAUAUUAGUAAAAAUAUCAUCGAGGAAGAAGAGUUCGAAGAAUUUGAUAUAAUAGAAGUUCAACAAAACAAUAUUAAUAUUGAAGAUGAUGAUGAAUUUGAUGAUGUUAUUGAAUUUGAGGAUACAAGAAACAAGUAA